UAAAGUCGCCAUUAAAAUCCCUAAUUCCCAAAUUCCACAAAACCCCUUUCUUCUUCGUCUUCUUCUUUUGCUUGUAUCAAACUCCAUUUUCACUCAUCUCAUUAUCUCCAUUUCCAUCUCAAAUCCCUAAAUCCGCUUUCUGAAUUCUCCACUAAUCUACCUAACCUCAUCAUUCCCAUCCCAAAUUCGUCCAACAAAUCCAAAUCUUGCUUCGCAGACAAGCCCAAUUCCAUCCAAUCAUGACGACGGACAUUCUGCAUUCCCCACCUCGUCUGCAUCCUUCGCCCCCAAGCCCCAUUGAUGAUGCCCUGCGCCAACAAACUUUUAUUAAUGGCGCUCCUGUAUCACUGUACAGGAGGAGGAGCGGACAAUUAGGAGCGGAGGAAGAGGACGAAGGAGAUCACCUCUCUGUUCUCGCCGCAUUGGUAACCGUUUUCCGGAAAUCUCUCGUCGGCUGUCGAGAUUCCAGCGGAGGGAGGUGUGGCGUUGAGGACCAAUUCAUGGAAAUUGGAUGGCCUACGGAUGUUAGACACGUCGCUCAUGUUACUUUCGACAGAUUCGAUGGCUUUCUUGGAUUGCCUGUUGAAUUUGAACCUGAGGUUCCUCGAAGACCUCCCAGUGCUAGCACAACGGUUUUCGGAGUCUCAACCGAGUCAAUGCAACUUUCUUUCGAUUCGAGAGGUAAUUGUGUUCCGACUAUACUCCUGAUGAUGCAGAGACGAUUGUAUUCUCAGGGCGGCCUUCAGAUGGAAGGGAUUUUCAGAAUCAAUCCAGGGAAUGGCCAAGAAGAGUAUGUCCGGGAGCAACUGAAUAACGGACUCAUUCCGGAGAAUAUCGACGUGCAUUGCUUAGCCGGCCUGAUUAAGGCUUGGUUUCGAGAACUACCCAGAGGUGUAUUGGAUUCGCUGCCCCGAGACCAAGUCAUGGAGGCACAAUCCGAAGAGGAAUGCAUUCGGCUCGUUCGACUUCUUCCUCCCACAGAAGCUGCAUUGCUCGAUUGGGCGAUUAAUUUGAUGGUCGACGUCGUACAAUUCGAACCUUUGAACAAAAUGAACGCCCGCAACAUUGCAAUGGUUUUUGCUCCCAACAUGACUCAGAUGUCGGAUCCUCUGACGGCGCUGAUGUUCGCCGUUCAAGUAAUGAACUUUCUGAAAGCUCUUAUCGUCAAGACCUUGCGGGAACGAGAGGAUCGGGUUGUCGAAGCCGGGCCAGCGAUUCAGUCCGAGCCAUCGGACGAAGACAGCGGCCACAGUGUUUCGAAGGCGGCGGCGAGUCCCGAGCUGAGCGAAACAAGCGAAGAAGACGUGCGCGGCAAGAACCGGACUGCCGCUGCGACGAAUUUGCACAUCCGAUCGAGCGAUGGGACCGACGGGCUAUCGAACUCGACGGAAAAUGCUCUCCCCGACGACAAUGGCGGGAACUCGACGCGUAGAGUGCAAAGAAGCACGGCGAGAAGCCGGAGGACGAUGAAACCCCGGCAGCCGGCGAGCUGUCUGAACGAUGUGAAGAAAGGGCUGCGGAAACACGGUGGCGCCGCCGAUGCGGCGGCGGACAAGAAGAAGGAGCUCAACAUUGUUAGCCGCGUGAACACACGCGCCGAGAGGGUCGAGACUUGGAGGUGAAACUUCAUGCAUUCGGAAUUCUUAAUCUUACUUGUCUGGUUCUUGUUUGUUUGUAUUCUCUUUUUGGUAUUUUUUUUUAGAUAAUUAAUGUGCAAUUAAUUGUAGUUUGUGUUCUAUUUUAGUGGUGUGUAUUGAGUCUAUAGUGCUACGAUGGCUGUUAUUGGAUCCGAAUUUGUUGUUCUUAUUGGGCUUAUUUUUAAUUUGGGCUUUGUGUAA